AUGGAAGCCGCGGGGGUGAGUUUGACCAACGAGGCCUUCCAGACCAUGAAUUUCUUAGCCUUCGACCAUGGUCAAUGGCAGGGCCAGCCGUACGGCUGUGCCAACAAUUUUCUGCCUGGGCCUCAAGCCUCGCCUCAAGACGCAAGUGGCAGGGCUUCGGAGCCGUGGGCGGUACAACAGGAGAUGAUGAUGGCGCAGAACAUGUGGGAGUCGCAGUGGCAUGACCGCGGUGAGUUUCACCAGUUUCAAGCUUGGCAGCAACAGCCUGCCGCUCUCCCGCCUCCGGCGGUCACUGCGAGCGCCCAGAGCUCAACUUACGCGCCGCCGGAGACGCGGUCCGAGGCUCUCAGCCUCGAGCAGAGCCUGCUGGAGCGUCUGACGGAUCCGCCGAAGACCAAGAGCGAGGCCAGCUUGCAGGACUCCGACUUCGAGCGGGACGUGACCAGUUCCGUGGCGAUGUUCCUGCAGGGCGGCGAUAUCGACGAGUCCGACUUGGAGGAGGAGGAUGAGAGGCCGGCUGCGAAGGAUGAGGAGGAGGAGGAGGAGGAGGAGCUGCCCACCCAACUCGCUCAGUCACCGAACCACCAGAAGCUUUUGGAGAUCUUUUCUCAAUUUGCGGAUCGCCUGAAAGGCUUGACGCAGAGCGUGCAAGACAAGUCGGUGAAGCCCACUUCGCCCGGCAAGGCCAGCUCCGACAAGUCGCUGUGCCGCGACCUGCGGGAUGUGGCGAAGCAGAUGGAGCUCAUCGCGGCCAGCGAGGACUUCUUGAGCCACUCCAAGGAGUUGUCCACCUCCAGCCACGAGGAGCGCAGAGCCUCGGAGCCGCAGCCUCCGCUUCCGGCGGCCCCGGUGCCCCCGGUGCCCCCGGCCCCCCCGGCCCCCGGGCUCACCGUGAAGCCGCCGCCGGAGUGGCAGGAGCGCAAGUGGAGCACAGCGAGCUCGUUGGCUCCGGAAUUGGCGCGGGGACAGUGCAUGGGGGCAAUGCUGCGGCACAAGCCUCUGCCAAGUGGAGUCGACAUCAUGCAGAUGACGGUGCUGGAUACCCACGUGAAGCAGCUGAUUCCUCGCCUGGCCCGCGGCGGCAAGCGAGCCAGCUUGAGCGCCAUCAGUGAGGCUCUACAGCAACUUGGCACGAGAACGCCCCUCAUCAAGGCCUUGCUCAACCUCGUCCACCUCUACUCCAAGUCGUACUGCUUCUGGGUCCCUUUGCAAGGUGAGGUGGGCAUUGCUCUGCUGGAUGCUCCCUUGCCGCCCUUGGACGACCAGCUGCAAGACCGGCUGCUCUCCGUGCUGGCAAAGCGCUUGAAAUCCCGGCUGCACACGCCCGUUCCGGUCCCAGACUGCACCGGGCCCACCGGGCCGGCGACGGCGCAGCCCAGCGACCAGUCGGCCAAGACCCUGGCGCAAGAGCUGGCCAAAGAAGGGAUCACCACGCUGAUGAUCAAGAACCUCCCCACCUCCUUGCUCCAGCCGCAGGUCUUGGAGGAGCUGCACAGGUCGGGCUUCGCCGGUCGCUACGACUUCUUUUACAUGCCCGGCACCUUCACGAAUCACAAGUCCUUGGGCUAUGCCUUUGUAAACCUCGUGGACGUGGCCUCCAUGAAGGAGUUCACCCUGCAAUGGCACAACUCCGUGAGACUCGGCCUGUCGAGCGACCUGCCGCUGAAGGUCUGCCGGGCGGUGGUGCAAGGUCGGGACGCCAACGCUCAGAACUUCGGGCCGCGGAUGAAGCGCAUUCGCAACCCAUGCCUGCGACCUGUCAUCAUCCUUCCGGACCCGGAAGUUCAGGAAUCCGCCGCAUGA